ACGGCAACAGCUCCGCCCGCGUCUCUCCCGCCUCUCACCGUCUCUGUCUCGGUCUCCCCUUUUCUACCUGCCUCCCCCCCCCCUUCCCCUCCCCUCCCUCCAUCGGCCCCUCUCCCUCCCUCCUCCCCCUCUCGGUGCGGACAUGCUCUCGGGGCUCCGGAGAUGAGGCUCCGAAAUGUCUCCUUCCUGACGGUCUUGUUGUUCGGGCUGUGCGGGCUGGUCUCCCUGUCCUGGUACACCGCCUUCAGCAGCUCCAGAGGAGAUGUGGUGGACAUCUACCAGCGGGAGUUCCUGGCGCUGAGGGAGCGCCUUCACUCGGCCGAGCAGGAGAACCUGCGGCGCUCCAAGGAGCUGAAUCUGGUGCUGGAGGAGAUCAAGAGAGCCAUCGCUGAGAAACAGGCGCUCAGAGACAUCAACCGCACCUGGAGCAGCCUCUCGGAGGAGACGAGGCUGAAGCUGUGGAAUGUGAGCAGCAGUAAAAACGUCCUGCAGCUUCCCUCCAUCUUCCACCACCUUCCUCACCUGCUGAACCGGGAGGACAGCCUGCAGCCGGCCGUGCACCUGGGGCAGGGGCGCACCGGGGUCUCCAUAGUGAUGGGGGUUCCCAGUGUGAAGAGGGAGGUCCACUCCUACCUGACAGACACACUUAGCUCUCUGAUGUCAGAGCUCAGUCCGGCCGAGAAAGACGACUGCGUCAUCGUCGUCUUCAUCGCUGAGGCCGACCAGCAGUACGCCAGCAGUGUAGCAGACAACCUGAAGCGCCUUUUUCCAGCAGAGAUUCAGUCGGGUCUUCUGGAAGUCGUCUCUCCGUCCAUCCACUUCUACCCGGACUUCUCUCGACUCCGAGAAUCCUUCGGAGACCCAAAGGAGAGAGUCAGGUGGAGGACGAAGCAGAACCUGGACUACUGUUUCCUGAUGAUGUACGCUCAGUCUAAAGGAACUUACUACGUCCAGCUGGAGGACGACAUCGUCGCUCGGCCGAACUUUUUCACCACCAUGAAGAACUUCGCGUUGCAGCAGCCGUCAGAAGAAUGGAUGAUCCUCGAGUUCUCUCAGCUCGGCUUCAUCGGAAAGAUGUUCAAGUCUCUGGACCUGUCGCUCAUUGUGGAGUUCAUGUUGAUGUUCUACAAAGACAAACCCAUCGACUGGCUGCUGGACCACAUCAUGUGGGUCAAAGUGUGCAACCCGGAGAAGGACGCGAAACACUGCGACAGGCAGAAAGCCAACCUGAGGAUCCGCUUCAAGCCGUCGCUCUUCCAGCACGUCGGCACUCACUCGUCUCUGGCUGGAAAGAUACAGAAGCUCAAGGACAAGGACUUUGGGAAACAGACCCUCCAUAAGGGUCACGCUAACCCGCUGGCGGAGGUGACGACCAGCAUGAAGACCUACCAGCACUUCACGCUGGAGAAAGCCUACCUGGGGGAGGACUUCUUCUGGGCCUUCACGCCCGUGGCGGGGGAUUUCAUUCGGAUACGAUUCUUCACGCCGGUCCGCAUUGAGAGGUUUUUUUUUCGGAGCGGGAACAUCGAACAUCCGGGAGACAAACUCUUCAACACGUCAGUGGAGGUUCUACCUUUCGACAACAUUCAGGCAGACAAAGAGGCUUUGACCGAGGGGAAGGAGAAAGCACCAAAGUACCAUCGAACAGAAGACGGAUUCAUCAGGAUCGGAACGUUCAAGAGCGGCCUUGCGGAGGGCGAGGUGGACCCCACCUUCGGGCCCCUGGAGGCCAUGCGGCUCUCGGUGUUGACGGACUCGCCGGUCUGGGUGAUCCUCAGCGAGAUCUUUAUAAAGAAAGCAGAGUGAACCUCCCGGAUUCUCACCGGCGGUGCCACAGCCCCUCCGUCUGGACGGACCUUGCCGCUGCAGUGGCCGAAGAGGACCCUGAACCCUGAAGGCCGGCCUCCCGGUCGCUCCCCCCCUGCCGGCUGAGGAGGAAGCUGUGUUUAUGUUGUAUAUACAGGAAAGGGUAGAUGUUGAAAACACUGGUAGUCGCCGAGGCAACGGCGCCACAUCCUCUAAACCCUGCUGCUUCAAAAGACUCAAAAGGCCUCUUUCUUGUUUGUAGGCGGUUGGUCCGGGCCUUUCUACCCCCCCCCCCCCCCUCCCCCUUCAACAGUAACCGUGUAUGUGCAUAUAUGCAUAGAGAUGUACACACUUCCAUAUGAAUGCCCUCUCAGUGUGUCGAUGUGCGUCUGUAGCUGCUGCUCGGGGGGUUCAUAGGUUUGCCUUAACGAAGACGAAGAGCAGACUCACUUCAAACCCAGACUGGUCCACGGACAAAAGUACCCAGAAUCCUUUGCUGCAAACCUCGGCCUUCACACAUCUAUGUUGCUUUAAACUACUGAUGACGACGGCUGUUGUUUCACUUUUUCAAAGAAGUCUUUUAAAGUUGUUUUAUUUUAAGUUAACUGAGGCCUUGUUAUAGACUACUGCUGUAGUACUUUGAUUUACUUUACACUACUCUACAGUACUUUACUUACUUCAAAGUACUUUAAAUUGUGCUACAGUUCUGUUUGAACUGACUGUACUUUACAGCACUAAAAUGAACUUUGCAGUCAUCUAAUAAACUUUAUAGUCAUUUAAUCAGGAAUCAGGAACAUUUAUUGCCAAAAUAUGUUAGACGCACAAGGAAUUUGACAUGGCGGCUGGUGCACAGCAUUGGACAGUAAGACAAUGAGACAAUGGACGAGAAUUGUAUUUCAGUGCUAUUAUUUUUCUAAUAUUCUUACAUUCUCUGCUGUACUUUGCAGUGCUUUAAAAUACUCUACAGUACAAUGCAAUACUCCGAGGUGCUUAAGAGUACUUUAAAGUACUCCUACGUACUCGUCCGCUACUCGAGUUUCCUUUGCUGUUGUGUACUUUACAGGUGCAGAGAUUCAUGUCUUUUCUCUCUCUUUUAAUCUCUUGUCAACUCUUUUGCUGAAACAACCGUCGGGUUUAAUUUUUUACCUUGAUUUAGUCUCUUUGUGUUCCCUCAAAUUAUUAUUUUCACUCUUUAAAGAGUCCACAUGUCCUUGUGUUUUCAUGGGGGCGGCCAACGGGGCUUGAAAUUAAUAUAAUAAUAAUCCCACCAAGACAUCAACAAUCAAUAUGCAGAAUUCAGAUUAGAAUAAAAACAAUUUUAAAAAGGCUUUUAUGUUCCUGUAAAUCAGAAGAUCCUUUGAUUGCUUAGUUAUUUAUUAAUUAUUAGUAAUUCCACAAGAUCAGCUCUUCUGUCAAAACUUCCUUGUUGGAUUUUCAGAUGAAAAAGAAACACAGAUCUGGAGAGAACUGAGCGAUAUCUCUAGGUCUUUUUAUUUUCUCUAUAAGAUGCACUGGAAUGCAUUGCUAUAAUCCUGUGUUUGUCUUUUGUAUCCUUUAGAUAAAAACUAUUUAAAUGAUCCUCAACUUCUAUCCAAUCUGUGACUUGUAAUAAAGACGGAACUUUAAAUGAU